UAACACACCACCACCACAACUAAUGGACAGCCCUAAUAAGGAAAAUAUGGGACCAUUCUCUCCCACAUUGAAGAACCCAUCUAAAAGUAUACUAAGAGAUAAUACUUUACCGAUUUUAAAUGAUAAGCGUCGUGUACUGUUUGCUCCAGAAGUUACCUUACAUAAAUUUGAUUUUAUACCUACUUCAAAUAAUGGUAGUAGUAAAAGAAGAAAGACUAUUUCUGGGUCUAUACCUCAUUCUCAGGAAUUAGAGAGUCCUGUUAAGGUGAUUUCUGAAGAAAUUGAUAUGAAUGGGUUAGAAGUACUUGAAGAUAGUUCUGAUGAUUCUCUGUUGGAUAGUGCUGGAGAAGAACAAAGACAAGAAGAAGAGGAAGAGGAAGAAGAAGAAGAGGAACAAACGAUGGAAUUGACAGGACAAAUAGUAACCAACAACAUACAAGUAAUGCCUGUUUCUGGAGAUCUAGAUACAGACUCUGAUGAAGAUAAUGAUAAUGAUAAAUCAGAAAAUAUCGAUAUGGAAUUGACUGGACCUCAAAUUCAAGUACCAAUAAGAACCCGAACUUCUCAAGAAAUUGAAGAAGAACAUACUAUGGAAAUGACUAUGGAUGUAACUCUGGUAGUAGUUAAAUCAAUACCUGUUCCUUCAUUAGAAAUAAUUCGAGAAGCUAGUAUUGAAAGCUCACAAGAACCUAGUGAUGCAAGUUUAAUAGCUGGUAAUAUUACGCGAAUAGAAGAACUGGAAGCAUCUCAAUCCAGUACAAUUUCUUCCAAUUCUCAAACUAUUGAAGAAGAAGAAAUCACUAUGGAUGUAACUCAAGUAGUAGCAAAGAUUAUAGAUGAAGUGGAUAAUACUCAACCUAUGGAAUUAACUCAAGUUUCAAGUAAAAUUAAUGAGAUUGACACUGUCAAUGAUGAAGAUAUUCAACAAAGUCAACCCAUGGAAAUGACUCAAGUUUCAACUACAAUAACUUCUACUUCUACUUCUACUUCUACUUCUACUUCUACUUCUAAUGAUGAUCCAAAUUCAUCAGUUGCAAGUAUAUCUGAAAAACUUAUAAGUACAACUAAAGUUCCAUUAGCUGAUACUUCUAUUAGAGAACCAAGUCCAAUUGAUGAAAAUUAUACAGAUGUAACCCUUACAACAUUUCUUGAUGAUAUUGGAGUUAAAUUUUAUGAUGAUUUAGAUAUAGAUGUUGAAGCUAUAGAUAGAUUAAGUAUAACCACUACUACAGAAUUUGGAGAAGAUAGUAAUAAAUUAAUUGAUUAUAUUAAUGGUCUACCAAAAUUAGAAUUACUUGCUUUAUAUCAAUUUAGUUGUGAUGAAUUAAGUAAUAAUAUAAGAGAUGGAAGAAAUAUGUAUAGUGAAUAUUCUAAAACAAUUGAAAUUAAUAAUCCUAUAUUAUUUAAAGAAUAUUAUGCAUCUAAUAAUAAUGAAAGAUUACUAAUGAAUGUUAGACUUCAAUUAAUUAAAGAUUAUACCAGAUUUCAAUCUAAAAAGACUUGGUAUGAUUGGAGAACUCAAUUAACUAAGAAUUUAAUUACUGAAUUAGAUAAUAAGAAACAAAAAUUAAUUGAUGAUAAAGAAAAACUUGAUGAAGAUAUUAAACAAUCCCAUGUAUUAUUUCAAACAGUAAUUGAAAUAUCUUCAAUAGUUGAAAAGAAAUUCCAAUCAUUAAAGAUUCUUAAACAGCAAUUAUUAGCCUGGCCUCAACAGGAAAUUAAUAAUCUUAAACAUGAUUUAAUAACUUGUAAAAAUCAAUUAGAGGAAUUAAGAAUUAAUAUAGAAUCUAAACAAUUAGAAAUGACUCAAAUGAAUCAUAAUAUAAUUGAAUUAGAUAAACAAAUUCGUCAAAUUAAAAUGAAUAUAUCUCAUAAUGAAAGAAUUAUUAGAAAGAAUCGAAAAUAUGCUGUAUCAGAAAUUGAUAUAUUAAAACAAAAAUUUAAUUUUAUUCAAUAUUUUACUAAUGUAAGAUAUUGUGAAAUUAACCAAAAUUUAAUUCAAUAUGAAAUUAAUCAAUGUAUACUUUGUCAAAUUAAUUUUAAUGAUAUUAAUGAUACUAAAAAUAUAAAAUUCUCUUUGAAAGAGAAUGUACAUGAUCAAAGUUUAUUACAAAUUAAUUCAAAUGCUUUAAGAAUUGUUAAUUUAAUUCCCGGUAAUACAAUAAUUGAAAAAUUUCAACAAUUCUUAAAGUACUGGGAAACACUUCGAAAUUUUGAAUCUCAAGUACAAAAGAUAUCGCUAAAAUUUCCUAUUAAAUAUAUAGAAUCUGAUAAAGAUAAUGAUAAUAAUAAUAAUAAUAAUAUUAUUAAAUUUGAAAUUCGAUUCUAUAGUUUUAAUAAUGAUUUUAAAUUAAUUAUUACUUGUCAAAUUGCCCUCAAAGAUUUACUUAAUUAUAGUGACAAAUUAAUGGUUAAUGCUAAAUUACAACGACUGAUUAGUGAUAUUGAUGAAACAUUAAUUAGAAAAGAAGUUAAUAAUAGUCUAGGUAAUAAUAUUUUAUUCUCUACUAGUUCAUUAUUAAGUUUACAUAUAGCAGUAUAAUAUAUAUAUAAUUUUCUA